AUGGCUUCCCCAAAUGAUGUCGAGAUGGCUGGUGCCGAAUCAUCACGCAAUGAGCCAUUCACUAUUGAAGAGAACAUCCGCCAGCUCAACGCCAUCGACCAACAAAUCAUCCAGCUCAUGAAACACACUGCCACAGCACUCAACGCACUCACAAUACCAAAAGCCACAGAAACCGACCAGAGCGUGGAUCCAUCAACCGAAUCUACGAAGCCAUCACUAGAUCCUGGUACACAAAAAGAAGCCUUCGCCUCUGCGACAGAUCAGUUCUUCCGGGCCCUUCACACCGUCGACGUCAAGAUCAAACGCCAGGUCUUGGCACUCGAAGAAGCCAAUAUCAUCAGUCUUGCUCCACCGCCUCGUCUGAAUAAGACGGGUCCCAUUAUCCCACAACCGACGCCUAACGGAGUGGGAGCUGUGGGCAUCAUCGGAGCAGGUUGGCUGAACAGUCGAGGGACAAGAGUUGAGAGGGAUAUGGAGGCAGAGCUCUGGGGAAAGGCCAAGGAAAUACUGAAGGAGAAGGAAGCGAAGCUGGAGUCGGGGUCACGAUAA